AUGGCCAUGCUGCGGCAACAACAGCAGUCAAUCACGUACGGAGCUCUUCCCCGCCAUUACCUCAAUGGAGCCGGGGACCAACAAUCAUUCUUCCUCACCGGUUCUGCUGCCCCUCAAACUUCCACCCCCGACGUGUCAGCAGGCGUGACAGUCAUGCUUCCCACCAAGAGCUUGGAUUUGACCGGGCGGAAGCCUCUGUAUCGCCUCUCCGCUACUCCGGCGCCUCCUACCACUCCACAUGCUCCGAAUACAAAGCCCGCGGCUCAAACACCGACACAUCCUCCGGCACCGCAGUACCAGCCAUGGCAGCAAACGCCUCCCCACCCAUAUCCGGCCCCGUCACCUCAUGGACAGUCUCCGCAGGUCCUCUCCCCUUAUAGCGAAGCCACUCAUGGCGCCGACAUGCAGGCUGCGCGACGGCGCGGACGGAUGCUAUUCGAAAACGAGCUCAUCAUUCUCUUCAAAGGCUGUAUCGAGCGAAAGGACAUGUACCUGACCAACCUGAACCGAAGCGUAUUCUGGGACAACGUGGCGGGGUACAUGAACAGCUUCACGGGUCGCAAUUUCUCGCCCCCAUCCUACCAGCAGAUCGUGACGGACCGAAGCAUUGAGCGUCGGACGCAUCGACGCGACAUCGCGACUGGAAAGGUCCACGCGGAGCCACCCAACGCCCUCACGACCGUGAUAGAUCAGUGGAUUGCGAUGGAGGAUGAGAUGUUGAAGCAAACGAGCGAUAACGAGGCUACGUCGCAUAAACGGCCCGUACCGGACGAUUCUAGUACGCAGGAUGCCAACCAAGCUAAGCGUUUGCGACCGGAGACGGCAGAUACUUCCCACGUCACCCCUUCGAGUCCUUCGCAGGCACGUCGUGAAGUGGAUGGGAACAGUCUUGCUCGGGCUUUGGUGCAAGAAGUUCGAGAUCUACGACGAGAGAUGGGAGAAGUCCAUCGGAAACUGGACUUGGUCUUGGAGGCGCUUGAGGGGAUGAAGGAGAAACCGGAUAACGUGGAAUCAGACAAAAGAUGA